GGAGAGAGUGAGAUCGAGAGGAAUGAGUGCGUGUGUAAAAAGGAAGAUGUUCUGAGCGAUUUAUUCAGAUGUGUUUUAUAAGUGCUGCGAGGCGGUUCGAACUAGACGAUCUUAAGCAAGACGCGCUAUAGAAAUUAGAGUUGCAAAUAAUUAAAUAAUUCUUAAAGAUUGUGAACCAUAAAGUUUGCCUUAGUGAAAGUGCCUGAAGAAGGAAAUAUUUGGAGUUAUCGGAAAGUUGAUAAUUGAAAGCACUAAAUAUUAUCUAAUGCCACGCAAAAAGCGCGCCUCCAGCCCACUGGAAUUGUACGAUGAUGAUUUCGAUGAGGAUGCCAGCUCGCAUAGUUCCCAGCCGCCGGUGCAACGGAAUGCAGCCAAUGCCAGGGAGCGUAUGCGCAUGCGAGUGCUGUCAAGUGCGUAUGGACGUUUGAAGACCAAAUUGCCCAACAUUCCGCCGGACACGAAGCUCUCAAAAUUGGACACAUUACGUUUGGCCACACUCUACAUUAAGCAGCUAAUUAACGCCGUCGAGACAGGCAGCGGCAAUCCGAAUGCCAAUCCAAAUGCUGCCGCUGCUUCCAUAGCCGAUGUGCUGGAUACGCGAACAGAUUGCGCCAGCUCAGCCGGCGGCACAGCGACAAAUUUCAAUUUCCACAAUGCUGGACAACUCGGCAUGAGCUGGCCUUUUGAGUUCCAUCAGCACUUACAACAAGGUCACAAUCGGCACAGCAAUUCCAACCUGACAUUCAGCUCUACGCGCAUGGAUUGGCAGAAUUCACAGAUUCAAGCGUAUCCAAAGACUCCACGCAACGAGCCGCAGAUGGCAGCCGAACAUAACUAUGGCCAGCUACACGAACCGCACUGGUAUCCCGCUGAAAUGGGGGGUUCGCAAUUGGAGCAGUCACGCUCUAUUAAUGGUUGCUGCGCUUAUGAAUCUUCUGGUUUGGCACAUCAGCGGGGCAUUACAAUAUCCAGCAGUCAGGCGAAUAGCCUUUAGGCAUUUACAUUGAUAUGUGUAUUAACCGAGAAUCGUAUUAAAACCGUGAUUUUUUUCUAUUUGCUGUAUGUAUGUUAUGUAAUUUACUAAGCCAAAGAUUAGAAUAUUGUUUUAAGCUGUACAAAAUUAGUCAAGUAAAUAAAAGUAA